GAGCUUUAAUUUUUCCAGCUGGAAAGUGGAGCUGACUGUUCAUAUCUACUGAGCUGUUCGUGAACUAGGCAGUGUUGUCAUAUGAAGUUGAACAUGGCAGAAGAAGAGGAUUACAUGUCAGAUUCCUUCAUUAAUGUUCAAGAAGACAUCAGACCAGGUAUGCCAAUGCUGAGGCAGAUCCGAGAGGCCCGUCGAAAAGAAGAAAAACAACAGGAAGCCAAUCUGAAAAAUAGGCAGAAGAGUGUGAAAGAAGAAGAAAGGGAAAGACGUGACAUUGGGUUGAAGAAUGCACUAGGCUCUGAAAACAAAGGGUUCGCUUUACUCCAAAAGAUGGGGUAUAAGAGUGGGCAGGCGCUGGGCAAGAGUGGAGAUGGUAUUGUUGAACCAAUUCCUCUCAAUGUCAAAACAGGAAAAAGUGGCAUAGGUCACGAGUCAUUAUUAAAACGGAAAGCAGAGGAAAGGCUAGAAAACUACAAGAGAAAAAUUCACAUGAAAAACCAAAUUGAAGAAAAGGCCGCUGAGCAGUUCCGGAUGCGACUGAAAAAUAAGCAAGAUGAGAUGAGGCUCGAAGGAGACCUGAGAAGGAGCCAGCGAGCUUGCCAGCAGCUAGAUGCCCAGAAGAAUAUUCAGGUUCCCAGGGAGGCAUGGUACUGGAUAAGGCCUGAAGAGGAGACUGAGGAAGAGGAAGAGGAAGAACAGGAUGAAGAUGAAUCCACGAGUGAAGAUUUGAGUGUGCUGGAAAAACUGCAGAUACUCACUGGCUACUUGCGAGAAGAGCAUUUAUAUUGCAUUUGGUGUGGGACAGCCUAUGAAGAUAAAGAAGACCUAUCUUCAAAUUGCCCAGGACCAACCUCUGCAGAUCAUGACUGAAAUUAUUGCCAAUAAAGUAAAAACGGUUUGUGCAGGUGAAAAAAGAAGGCCUUUAUAUAAUGCUUUAUUCUUUUAGAAAUAUGCUCUACUUUGGAUGAAUUUCUCACUGGCUUGGAAAAAAGUUACUGUCACUUCUAAAUACAAGUAUCAUAGACAUGGA